AUGGAGCAAAAUACGCUGAAAAGACGUGGUGUUGGCCUUACAGGUGUUGAUAAAGAGCGAUCCUUCGGGGGCUACACACUCUUUUGCCCUUUGACCAGCGACAUAGCUCACUUGGUUGACAUCGAUGGAAAGGAAGUUCGCACCUGGAAACUCCCGGGCAGAGUUGGGCGUCAUGCCAGAAUUCUUCCCAAUGGAAACCUUGCAGUCAACACUCUGCGACCCUCUGAUCUCACCACUAAAGAUGGAGGACCGUUUCCCUUCCCCUUCUUCAACAAAUAUGGCGGAGGCGUGAUGAGUGAGCUCGAUCCCGACGGAAAGGUGGUUCGGCAGUACACGGAUUCCUUCGGCCAUCAUGACCAGUACCAUUACGGCGAUGGUAGACUUCUAUUUACUAGUCUUGAGGCCUUGUCUCUUGAGGAAUCAGCAAAAGUCAUUGGAGGUGUCCCAGGAAGCGAGAUUGACGGAAUUACCUACGCAGACACCAUUAACGAAGUCGACAGCAAGGGCAACUUAGUAUGGCAUUGGAAAGUAUCAGAGCGAUUAUCAAGGGAGAAAUUUCCUCUGCAGCCACAUUACACGCGAGAGCAUUAUCCUCUCAUCAAUUCUGUCCUCCCAAUGCGCGAUGGAAAGCACAUCCUCGCUUCUCUGCGAUCCGUCUCAGCAGUGAUAAUCAUCGAGAGAUCAACCGGAGACAUCGUCUGGGAACUCGGGCCCGAGGUACUCGCACAGCAGCACAACGCCACGGAACUCGACAAUGGAAACAUCCUCAUCUUCGACAACGGAGCUUUCCGUAAUGGUGAGUCCAUUACUUACACUCGCGCCAUUGAAGUCGACAGAGCAACCAGGAAGGUCGUCUGGGAGUAUCGUGACCGCUCUCAAAUGCAUAACUUCUUCACGCCGUUCAUGGGGAGUGCGCAAAGAUUGGCGAAUGGAAACACACUACUAUGCGAAAGUGCCUUUGGGCGCAUCUUCGAGGUCACCAAGGACGGAUAUGUUUGCUGGGAGUAUGUUAACCCACACUUUGCGCCCUAUCCUGAUGAGGCGACGGCGAAGAUGUUUCCAGGAGAGUCAAAUGCAUUAUUCAGAGCAUAUCGAUAUUCGCCAGAGGAGAUUCUAUGGCUAAAGUAA